AUGGCCCACACCAAGUCUGGCCAGUCCGAUGAUCAAGAUGAUAGCUAUCGAAAACCUAACGGGCGUAAGGGCUCGAAGAAAGUGCGGACUGGCUGCCUCACGUGCAAACUGCGCAAAGUCAAGUGCGACGAAACGAAGCCAGAAUGCCUGAGAUGCAAGAGAACUGGGCGUGUAUGCAAUGGCUACCAGGCUGCCAGGCCCGGGAAACGCGCACGUCAAGGACCACCCGCAGACGACUUGCGCUUAUCUGUCGCGCUCAAUGCGAUGCCGGAAUUUGGAAGCGCUGUGGAAGCUCAGUCGUACCACUUCUUUCUCACUCACAGCGGCCCUAGUCUGGCAUCAGAUUAUGACUCGGGAUUCUGGAACUCUUUAGUGUUACAACUUUGCCACUCGGAACGAGCUGUUCUGCACGCUGUCCUUGCAGUAAGCAGCUUCCACGAAAGUUUACUGCUGGGAAAUCUCGAUGGGCAAGGCGAGUUAGAGGAUCGGCAAGUCUUCGCACUAGAACAAUACAACAUAGCCAUAGGCAUCCUACGCGACCAAAUGAACGAAGAAACGGUCCGCGACGCCAUCGUGCCAUUGCUCAUGUGCCUGCUCUUUAUAUGCAUGGAGUACAUGCAAGGGAAAGAGGUGGACGCUCUAAACUAUAUUAAUCAAGGACGCCAAAUCAUCCAAAAGUUCUCUCAGAUUGGCCACGUACCUGGAUAUCAGGUUGACAUCAUAAAACAGCAUAUCGUCCCCUUAUACAUCCGGUCCGGCGUGACAGCUGUCUUAUCUGGGGCCAGCGUCCAGCCCAUCCCCGAUCGGUUUGACGCGUUCUACGAGGUCCCGCCCCUAUUCUCGACUAUCCAAGACGCUAGACAUACCUUCUACUCUAUGAUGGACCGAGUAUUGCGUUUCACGUCCGACGCGCGACUGAAAGUCCAAGAUGCAGAUCUCCCGCCGGCAUCGGUCCAUGACUUGAGAGCACACCAACAAUGGCACCUGUCCUCAUUAUCGAAGUGGAACACAGCGUAUGCGGUACUGACAGCAACCCAGUCAGUCGGGGAUCCACCUCCGUUAUCUAUGAUUCUCUUACAGAUAUACUACCACGCCGCUAUUAUUUGGGUGUCAACUGCGCUCACACUGGAAGAGACAGACUACGACCAAUACCUCGAUCACUUUAGCGCCAUUUUGCCUUUGGCGAGGAGAUUCUUUGACUUCCCUCCAUCUCACGGCUCGCAGCCUCGACCGAAACAUUCAUCAAACCGCACACCGGAAAACCCUGACGAAAGCAGGCGAGCUACUAGUUCUCAUGUGCAGCUUUCGACUAGCAGACGAGACUUCUCGUUUGACACUCAGAUCAUCCCUCCGUUAUACUUUGUAGCCGUCAAGUGUCGGCACCCGAUAAUACGACGAACAGCUUUGAACCUUCUCAUGACGUGCAAUGACCGUCAAGAGAACCUAUGGCGGUCUGGUGGAGUCGGUGCGGUUGCAGCGCGGCUAGUUGAGGUCGAGACAGAGAUUGCUGAACAAGCAAAAUGCCAAUCGCCAGGAGGACCGGACUAUGAAAGCCACGGGAAGAUGCAAUACAUCUCUAUCAGAAGCACAGGGACUCAGAAGCUUCGGCCUGUUUCACAGUCAGGCCGCCUACAUACCCCAGUAUCAACCGCCCCCAACGAUAUUGAGAUCGACAGCGCUUUGGCCUCUACGGUUGGAUCACAAGGCGAUGCCACCACUGCAGCGUAUGACUUUCGCAAUGUGGCCCAAGGAAAAGCUUAUGCUUGGGACAGCUACGAUCAGAUUGCACAACAUCUGCAACCUGGAAGUAUGUUUGGUUUACCGACGCACUGGAACAGCGGCAGCUUUGAUGACCUAUUACCCGGACUAGAACCGAUUUCCAGAUCCGACGGAUCUAUGAGCUACCAAAGUGAAUCAUCGUCGCCUGCAAGUGGAGCCACAAGAAAUACUAUCCAAAACAGCCAAGGAUUGGCAGCAAUUAAUCUGAACGAAAGUCUACUUCCACCCUUAUCCUCCACGUCGCCUUGGGUUGAUGAUACCGCGACUAUGGGUGCCAUCAGCAGCUCCGGGUCUUUCGCGAGCCCGUGUAUGGAACCACCUUACGGCCUACCUGAAGGCUCGCGCAUAACAGAUGCUAUUAUUGACUAUCCUGGAUCGUAUGGAAUUUGGGCUACAUUCUUUCAAAAGCCACAGAAUGAUAUGGAGGAGGCUCGAGUAUGGAAUGAGUUUAUCCCAAUCUCACGGACUCCAAGGACCGACGUAACCAAUACCUAA